AUGUGUAAAGAACUCAAGAAAAUACCUUUUUUAACUUUUCUCCUUUCCAUUUCAGUGUGUGAUUGUGGCAAGGAGAUUGCCUGUUCCAGUUCUGGGGACUGUUGCCACAGUGAAUGUCUGGGAGGAUGUAGUAAGCCUGGAGACAGCCGGGCCUGUGUGGCAUGUCGAAAUUUUUUCUUCAAAGGCCAAUGCUUGGCUUCAUGUCCGUCUAACACCUAUGAGUAUGAGGGCUGGCGUUGCAUCACAGCAGAGUACUGCGCCAGUCUGCGGAAAAUCUCGGAGAACCCUCGGGAGUCUUCCAAAUUUGUCCUUUAUGAGAAUCUGUGUCUUUCAGAGUGUCCACCAGGAUACACCAGGAAUGAGAGCAGCAUUGUGUGCCACAAGUGUGAAGGCCUCUGUCCCAAAGUGUGCAAAGUAGGAACCAAAGCCAUAGAUUCCAUUCAGACCGCAAAAGAACUGACUGGCUGCACGCACAUUGAAGGAAGCCUGAUCUUCAACAUCCGCAGAGGAAAUAACCUAGCUUUAGAGCUUCGCAGAAGUUUGGGUCAUAUUGAGACAAUAACGGGCUUCUUAAAAAUCAAGCACUCCUUUGCUCUGGUCUCGCUCUCAUUUUUUAAAAACCUGAAACUCAUCAGAGGAGACUCCAUGGUAGAUGGGAAUUAUACCCUGUAUGUUUUGGACAACCAGAAUCUUCAGCAGCUCUGGGAUCCCAACCAUGAGAGCCUUUCCAUCCCUGUUGGGAAGCUGUACUUUGCUUUCAACCCUAAACUGUGCCUGUCGCAAAUUUAUCAUACGGAGGACCUAACGGGAACCAAAGGGAGACAGAACAAAGCAGAUAUCAAUCCACGCACCAAUGGAGAUCGAGCUUCCUGUAACUCUCAUGUACUGAAGUUUGUCGCCAACGUAACCGAAUCCGACCGCAUCUUCCUAAAGUGGGAAAGAUAUAGGACGCCAGAACCUCGCGACUUGCUGAGCUUCAUUGUUCACUACAAAGAAUCUCCCUUUCAGAACAUAACCGAGCACCUGGGCCAAGAUGCCUGUGGAGCCAACAGCUGGAACGUGGUAGAUGUAGAGCUGCCUUUAAACAACGAACAAGAACCAAGCAUUACACUGAUGAACCUGAAACCAUGGACCCAGUAUGCCAUAUAUGUCCGGGCUAUCACUCUCACCACUGCUGAGGAAGGGAGGAACUUCGGAGCACAAAGUGACGUGGUCUACAUUCGAACGAAGCCGGCAGCCCCAACUGUUCCCCAGGAUGUUUUGAUCAUGUCAAACACAUCAUCCCAUCUGAUUGUCCGCUGGAAGCCUCCAACUCAACGCAAUGGAAAUCUCAGCUACUACCUGGUGCUUUGGCAACAGUUGGCAGAAGAUGAGGAGCUGUACCAUAAUGACUACUGCACCAAAGGUCUGAAGCUUCCAACUAGCAGUGCCGAUACCAGGUUUGACAGUGAUGAUGAUGACAACAUGGAUUCGGAGGAUAGGUGUUGCCCAUGCCAAAAAAAUGGUGGCCAGCUACUAGACCUGGAUGAGGAAUUCUUUCAGAAAAAGUUUGAGAACUUUUUAAGGAACACCAUUUUCAUUCCAAAAAAGAGAAGAGAUGUAAUUGGGUUGAAUGGAGAUGGUCAAGGAAAUGCUUCAUUCUCAGAAGGAACCGUCAGUCACACCAUCAACAACACAGGCACAGAUUUCAAGCCUUACACCUAUAAGGAUAAGAUCGUCCGUGAAAGAAUGGUCCUAUCUAACCUCAGACAUUUCACAGAAUAUCGGAUCGACAUCCACGCCUGCAACCACGCAGCAGACACGGUUGGGUGCAGCGCUGCAACUUUUGUAUUUGCUAGAACAAUGCCAGACCCUCAUGCCGACAACAUUGCUGGUAAUAUAUCAUGGCAUUCUGCUGGACACAACACCAUCUUUAUGAAGUGGGAGGAGCCACCCAAUCCGAAUGCAUUAAUCCUGAAAUAUGAGAUCAAGUACAAGAGUGAAAAUGAAGAAGGUCCAUCAACUGUGGUAUGCGUUUUCCGGCAGAAGUUCAAAAAGUACAAGGGGGUCUACAUCAACGUGGCACAGCCUGGCAACUAUUCUGCUCGGAUAAGAGUGACGUCCUUGGCGGGCAAUGGGUCGUGGACAGAGCCCAUCGUCUUCUCGGUCCGGCUUCCAGAGAAAGAAACCUCGGAGACUUUAUAUAUGCUGCUCAAAGUCAUGCCGAUCAUCCUCCUGCUGAUCAUCGCCUGCCUGGCCGCCAUUAUCUUCUUCUACAACAAGAAGGGGAUGAGUCUGUCCUUGGCAGAUAGAUGGGUUUAUUUCUGUUUCUAUGUUCUAGUGUACAUUCCGGAUGAGUGGGAAUUCCCAAGAGAGAAAAUCGCAAUCCUUGAAGAGCUUGGACAAGGUUCUUUUGGCAUGGUAUAUGAGGGUGUUGCCAAGGAUAUUGUAAAGGGAGAACCCAUGACCAGGGUGGCCUUGAAGACCAUCAACGAGCUGGCCAGCAUGAGGGAGAGGAUAGAGUUUUUGAACGAAGCCUCUGUUAUGAAAGCCUUUCUUUGUCACCAUGUGGUCCGUCUGCUUGGCGUUGUGUCUCAAGGGCAACCAGCUCUAGUCAUUAUGGAGUUGAUGAACAAAGGGGACCUGAAGAGCUAUCUGCGUUCUUUGAGGCCAGAGGGCGAGGACAACCAAAACGUGACUCCACCAUCCUUGAGGGAGAUGUUACAGAUGGCUGGAGAGAUAGCUGAUGGCAUGGCCUAUCUGAACGCAAAGAAAUUUGUACAUCGGGAUCUGGCAGCGCGGAACUGCAUGGUGUCGGAGGACCUUACAGUGAAGAUAGGCGACUUUGGCAUGACGAGAGAUAUCUAUGAAACGGACUACUACCGGAAAGGCGGCAAGUCCUUGCUUCCAGUGCGAUGGAUGUCCCCCGAGUCUCUCAAAGACGGUAUCUUCACUCCAUACUCCGAUGUAUGGUCAUUUGGUGUGGUCCUAUGGGAAAUUGCCACAUUAGCAGAGCAACCAUACCAAGGCAUGGCCAAUGAGCAAGUCCUCCACUUUGUUAUGGACAACGGAAUUCUAGAAAAGCCAGAAAAAAUGUCCUGA